UAGAUAGUUUUGUUGACGGAAGUUCCCACGGAAGAAGAGAAGUGCUGCGAUGGUGCGCGUGAAGUCCAGGUAUCUACUGUGCGAAGUCAACGUGACAGACAGGAGCCGCCUGUUGCUGCUGGAUGACCGAGCUGUUUCAGCGGCAGUGAAGGCAGCAGUGGCACGCUUACAUGGGGACUAUGGGGCAGCGCUCUGCAGCACCAGAUUCUCUGUGAAAUAUCUGAAUGCUCACACUGGAAUAGUAUUCCUGCGUUUCCCCAAAAGGUGUUACAAACUCCUCUGGUCUGCUUUGCCUUUCAUUACCAGUAUUGAAAAUCGUGGGCAGAUAAUCCCAUGUUUUCUUAACUGUUUGCAUGUGGGAGGAACAAUUAGGACAUGUCAGAAGUUUCUUAUCCGAUACAACACCCAGCAGCUCCACCGAAUGCUCCCUAAAUGUAAAAAUGAAGAAGAAAAACAGCAGGUUCAGAAAGCCAUACUGGACUGCUCCUUAACUAGAGGAAACAAGGAAGCAUUUGAAGAGGAAUCAGAGAUUGAGGAAGAUGAAGAAGAGUGACUUCCCCACAUGCAGUAAAAUACAGCAGACUCUAUUUGUUACAGGACUGAUUGGAAGGAAGAUAUGAAGCAUUUAAAGAAAUGCUCACCCAACUCUGUGGAAAUAUGGUUAACUGCUGCAGCUGCUCAGUCAACUUGCUACUAAAGAAAACUGACUGUAUCUGUCCUCAACAGGGGAACACAUUAUAAUUUCGGUCAUACACAUGAUUUGGGUUGAUAGGGUAUGAAUAUCCUUUAACAGCAAGGUCGCAUGUUCGAGCUUCAGAAGACCGAAGGCUGUUACUGAAUUACUAUCUCAGUUUGAGAGUGUCUAAAAAAUAAAACUGCAAUCACUUAGCAAGACUACAGGCUGAGUCUGGAAAAAAAGUUUUAUAUUUCAAUGAACUUAUUUUGUAUUUAUUCUAUGUUUUGUGCUCAUGUGUAUAUUGUUUACAAAUUAAAGCACUAUUUUUGAAAGAUA